AUUGUGAUCUAUUACCCAAGUAACUCUUUAACCACUGAUAUGCAACUCCCUGUAAGCCAUACAGUUCACAUUUACCCAAUAGUCUUGCGUGGUCAAUAGUAUCAAAAGCCUUGCAUAGGUCAAUAAACAAACCUGCGGUAUUAAGCUUCUGAUCAACUGCUGCUGCAAUGUGCUCCACAAACUCCAUCACAGCUAAAGUUGUGGAGCAGUUGUACCUGAAGCCGUACUGGUGCUCGUUCAAUAUAUUAUUUUUAUUGAGAAAGGAGUCCAGUCUUUUCAUAAAUAAUUUUUCCAAAAUUUUUGAAAAUUGUGGUAGCACUAUACUACAGGUAUAGUGUCAGCCAGAUGACCAGCGGUCGCGGGUGUCUGAGUCUGGCCAAUCACCAUGGUGUCCUCGCAGUUCUCCACGUCCUGUGUCCUACAUAACAUUGAUGUUUUUCACUCCAAUUCAGUAACUUUCUCAAAAAGUGAGAAACAGCCCUGGCAUCUUGCUGGAGAAGCUUAAAGAGCCAUUUGAAGAGACCUGAUCACAUAUGACUGCCAGCUACACCUUGUGUUUCCUCUCAGAUAACUAGUUAACUUGGUUUCUGGAACAUUUUACUGAAUCAGCAGCUCCUCUGAUCACCUGACAGAUUUUUUUUUCUUUUACCUUUAGACCACAGUGCAGAGAGACACGACAGGUUGUAGAGAUAAGAACUGAUUACAGAGAUCUGAGUUAUGAUGACUCACUCAGUUGCUGUGAAAUAAAAACAGUUUUGAUGAGGAUUAAACAUUAAACUUUAUUAUUUUAAGAGCCCUCCUCAUCUUCCUGGAAUAAAUUCUGAUAUUCCUCCUUCUUCCUGCUUCCAAACAUAUAAAGUUGGGUGGAACCAACAUCUACUGAAGAUAAAAGCUGUUAACUCACACAGUCACUGUGACUGAGAGCAGAAAUGGAACAGAAUCAGUUUGACAGAGAAACUUUCUCCUGUUCCAUCUGUCUGGAUCUACUGAAGGAUCCGGUGACCACUUCCUGUGGACACAGCUACUGUAUGAAGUGUAUUAAAACCCAGUGGGAUGAAGAGGAUCAGAAGGGAAUCCACAGCUGCCCUCAGUGCAGGGAGACAUUCACACCGAGGCCUGUGCUAAAGAAGAACACCAUGCUAGCAGCUUUAGUGGAGCAGAUGAAGAAGACUGGACUCCAAGCUGCUGCUGCUGACCACUGCUAUGCUGGACCUGAAGAUGUGGCCUGUGAUUUCUGCACUGGAAGAAAAAUGAAAGCCAUCAAGUCCUGUUUAUUCUGUCUGGCCUCUUAUUGUGAGAAACACCUUCAGCCUCAUUAUGAUUCUGCUACAUUUAAGAAACACAAGCUGGUGGAACCGAACAAGAACCUCCAGGAGAACAUCUGCUCUAAGCACGAUGAGGUGAUGAAAAUGUUCUGCCGUACUGAUCAGAAGUGUAUCUGUUUCGUCUGUUUAAUGGAUGAACAUAAAGGUCAUGACUCAGUGUCAGCUGCAACAGAAAGGACUGAGAGGCAGAGAGAGCUGGAGGAGAGACGAGGAAACAUCCAGCAGAGAAUCCAGGACAGAGAGGAAGAUGUGAAGCUGCUUCAACAGGAGGUGGAGGCCAUCAAUCACUCUGCUGAUAAAACAGUGGAGGACAGUGAGAAGAUCUUCACCCAGCUGAUCAGUCUCCUCCAGAAAAGAAGCUCUGAGGUGAAGCAGCAGAUCAGAUCCCAGCAGGAAACUGAAGUGAGUCGAGUCAAAGAUGUUCAGGAGAAGCUGGAGCAGGAGAUCACUGAGCUGAAGAGGAAAGACGCUGAGCUGGAGCAGCUCUCACACACACAGGAUCACAACCAGUUUCUCCUCAACUACCCCUCACUGCCAGCACUCAGUGAGUCGACACACUCAUCCAGAAUCAACAUCCGUCCUCUGAGACACUUUGAGGACGUGACAGCAGCUGUGUCAGAGCUCAGAGACAAACUACAGGACGUCCUGAGAGACAAAUGGACAAACAUCUCACUGAUGGUCACUGAGGUGGAUGUUCUACUGUCAGAACCAGAACCAAAGAACAGAGCUGGGUUCUUAAAGUAUUCAUGUCAAAUCACACUGGAUCCAAAUACAGCACACACAAGUCUGGGACUAUCAGAGGGGAACAGGAAGGUGACAUGGAUGAAUCAGCGUCAGUAUUAUUCUAGACAUCCAGACAAAUUCACUGAUUGGUUUCAGGUUCUGAGUAGAGAGAGUCUGACUGGACGAUGUUACUGGGAGGUGGAGUGGAGCGGGAAACAAGUUGAUAUAUCAGUCACAUACAAGAAUAUCAGCAGAGCAGGAGAUGGGGAUGAAUGUGGAUUAGGAUAUAAUGACAAAUCUUGGGCUUUAAAGUGUCAACGAAACAGUUUUAGUUUUGGUCACAACGACAUCUGGACCUUCAUCUCAGGUCCAGGUUCCUCCAGAGUCGGAGUGUUCCUGGAUCACUCAGCAGGUCUUCUGUCCUUCUACAGCGUCUCUGAAACCAUGACUCUCCUCCACAGAGUCCAGACCACAUUCACUCAGCCACUGCUGGCUGGAGUUUAUGUUGGUAACACUGGAGAAUCUGCAGAGUUUUGUAAACUAAAAUAAUUUCCUCUUUUCUCUCUGAUUGUUGAUCAGAUUCUUGGUUCUGAUGUUUCUGUUCUUCUUGAUUUUUCUAUUGUAAAUGUUGUUCUCUGUGUUCCUGGAACCAUGAAGGAAAUCACUGCUGAUGUUUUUAUUUUUAUAUGACAGAAAAAUAUUUCUCCAUAUGACAAUCUAUAAUUCUCUGGGCUUUAGUAUUUUAGCUUUAAUAUUUGUAUUAAUAAAUUUUCAUAUUCUGGUUCUUUCAUGUUGGUUUAGUUUAAAUCAGUUCAUAUUAAAAUAAACUGAACUUGUUUAAUUUUUUCUUUAUUUUGAUCCUAAGAAGAAACUGAAACUAAAACUUAGAUCUGAUGCUGUUUUCGUCUCAAUUCUUCAGAUUUAGAUCAGAAUAAAUGUUUGAUGUUUUGACUCUUUGCAUUCAAUCAAUAAAACAUCUUGAUUACUGAGAAAUGUGGAAAGAUUUUAUCUUGAUUGUUACAACAAAUUGUUAGUUUUGUCAUAAAUU